AAAAACACAGAAAACGAUGAAAACUCAUUUUUGUAGCAUUUGACCUAAAGGAAAAAGCCAUUAUCCGCUAUUAAAAUUUCGUACGAAAAUCGGGUGGCAACGUAGAAGGCAGUUGAGAGGACACACCAAUGGCCAAAUCUUCAUCUUCUUCUUCUUCUUCGGAAAUCCCUUCGUUGAUCUUCCAAUCGCCGACGAUUCAGAUAAAGGGUAUUUCUGAAGAAGACUUACGCGAAACUAUUCAAAUGUUCAAUGGAUUGACCGGCUCCGGCCAAAUUCCGGACGAUUGCGACACCAAGGCCUUCUAUUCCCACAUCACUCGCGGUCAUCUCCGCCAGCUCCGCCGCGAACGAGGCCGUCUCACCUACCUCCUUUGCGUCAAACCUGCUGUAUCGAAUAUUUAUGGGUAUUUACAUGGAGGAUUUGUUGCUGCGGCUGCUGAGUUCUUAUCAAUAGCUUGUGCCAGAACUGUUGUGGGCGAGGAUAAGAAAUUAUUUAUUGGGGAACUGAGCAUUUCUUAUCUCUCUGGUGCUCCGGAAAAUGCAGAGGUUGUAGUAGAUGCUUCUGUUUUGAGGAGUGGAAGAAGUUUGAGUGUGGUGGAAGUAGAGUUCAAACUUCAAAAGACAGGAAAGUUGGUGUACACAGCUCGUUCUACCCUUUAUAACAUGCCAAUGGCAAAGCUAUAGAAAUCCUUGGCUCUAGCUAAGAUCAAAAUUUAUUAGCAACCUAAGUAAACCCCAAUAUUCUGAGUUUUUGUUCGAGUCGAAUAAUCGUAUGUUGGAAAGAGUAGGAAAAUGUAUGGAUUACACACUUGAUUGUCCUUGUAUAAUAUAUAUAUAUAUAUAUAUAUAUAUAUAUAUAUAUAUAUAUAUAUGCAAAUUAUAGAAAAUAGUUCAGUUUCUUGCUUCAAUAUUGGAUUGUCACGUAAAUUAUACGUGACAAUAUUGCUUCAAUAUGCAAAUUAUACACUUAGAUUGUUUUCCCUAAAGUGGAAGUACUAUCCAUGUUGUUAAUUUGUUAACUUAAAAUUGUCGAUCUCUAUUGAAAUA